AUGUCGGCGCAGUUCAUGCAAGCCACCUUGUCACACAAAAAGAGCACUGAGUUAGCAAUCAAGAAUUUGGAGAUGCUGAUAGGCCAAUUAGCUAAGCAAAUGGCUGAAAGACCCAUUGGAACCUUUGUGGCCAAUAUUGAGAAGAAUCCCAAGGAGGAGUGCAAGGUAAUUUUCACUAGAAGGAAAAGUGCUGAGAAGGAAAAGAGAAUUGAGGAGGAUUUAGCUCGGGAGGCUAGAAAGGAGAUACCCUCAUUCCUAGUGAAGAAUGUUCCAUAUCCCUUGGUGCCAUCCAAGAAUGACAAGGAACGAUACUUUGCUCGUUUUCUUGACAUCUUCAAUAAGCUAGAGAUCACCAUUUCCUUUAGAGAGGCUUUACAACAGAUGCCUUUAUAUACCAAAUUUCUGAAGGAUUUCCUCACAAAGAAAGGGAAAUAUAUCAACAAUGAGAGCAUAGUGAUAGAGGGGAAGACUCUCAUUGACUUAGGAGCAAGCAUCAACUUGAUGCCCUUGUCCAUGUGCCAAAGAAUCAGAAAUCUGAAGAUAGCUCUUACGAGGAUGACACUCCAGCUAGUAGAUCGUUCCAUCACAAAACCGUUUGGGUUAGUUGAAGACGUCCUAGUCAAAGUCCACCAACUCACUUUUCCGGUGGACUUUGUAAUCAUGGACAUUGAAGAAGAUGCUAAGAUCCCCUUGAUUAUGGGUCGGCCAUUCAUGCUGACUGCAAAAUGUGUUGUGGAAUUGGGGAAUGACAACUUGGAGAUGAGUGUGGAGGAACAGAAAUCCACCUUCAACUUGUUUGAGGCGAUUAAGCAUCCUAGUAAUAACAAGAUUUGUUUUAAGGUGGAGGAAAUUGAGCAAAAGGCUAAUCUUGUUGGGUGGCACCUAAAUUCUGUGUUUCUAGAAGAAGAUGAAUCCAAGCCAAUUGUGAAUCCUGUAGACUCUUCUAGUGUCUUUCUGGCUCCAAAACAGGCCAGGACCCUAGCCACUCUAGACAUUCCACCAGCGGUCCCUCCUCCAGACGUCUCUUCUCCACCUACCGACCAAACUUUUCUGCCUUUUUCUCAACCGAAGCAGAUCCUCCCUAUGCUGCAUAGCCUCCACCACAACUAG